AUGCGGCCGCCGCUCGGGCUCCUUGCAGGUUUCUAGCCAGCAGAAUGCUGGACCCAGAGGCCGGCAGGGCGCAGCUGUCAGGAUGGCCGAGUGGGACGCCAGUCUGGACUACAUCAUCCCAUCCUCUGUUCUUCCUCCCUUCUGGGCAAAGUUCCUUGUGGGUUUUGCUUCCCUCGUGUGUUUUGCCCGGAGCUACGAUGGAGACUUUGUCUUUGAUGACUCUGAAGCCAUUGUUAACAAUAAGGACCUCCGCACAGAGACACCGCUGGGGGACCUGUGGCAUCAUGACUUCUGGGGCAGCCGGCUGAGCAGUAACACCAGCCACAAGUCCUACCGCCCCCUGACCGUGCUGACCUUCAGGAUGAACUACUAUUUGUCUGGAGGCUUCCACCCCAUGAGCUUCCACGUUGUCAACAUUGCCCUGCAUGGCGGCAUCUGCGUGCUCCUGGUGGAUGUCUUCUCCGUGCUGUUCGGGGGCCUGCAGUACACGAGCAAGGGCAGGAGGCUGAACCUGGCCCCCAGGUCGUCUCUGCUGGCUGCCCUGCUGUUUGCUGUGCACCCGGUGCACACUGAGUGUGUUGCUGGUGUCGUCGGCCGUGCAGACCUCCUGGGUGCCCUGUUUUUUCUGCUGUCUUUCCUUGGCUACUGUAAAGCGUUCAGAGAAACUAACAAGGAGGGGACCCACUCCACGUUCUGGGUGUUGCUGAGCAUCCUCCUGGGAGCAGUGGCCAUGCUGUGCAAAGAGCAAGGGAUCACCGUGCUGGGUCUGAAUGCCAUCUUCGACAUCUUGGUGAUAGGCAAAUUAAAUGUCCUGGAAAUUGUCCGGAAGGUCCUCCGUAAGGACAGAUCGUUAGAGAGCCCUGGCAUGCUCCGGACAGGGGGCCUCCUCUUCAGAAUGACCCUCCUGGCUUUGGGGGGAGCCGGGGUACUGUAUGUACGCUGGAAGAUCAUGGGCACCGGCCCACCCGCCUUCACCGAGGUGGACAACCCCGCCUCCUUCGCCGACAGCGUGCUGGUCAGGGCCAUAAACUAUAAUUACUACUAUUCAUUGAAUGCCUGGCUGCUGCUGUGCCCUUGGUGGCUGUGUUUUGAUUGGUCGAUGGGUUGCAUCCCCCUCAUUAAGUCCGUCGGGGACUGGAGGGUGAUUGCUCUGGCAGCGCUCUGGUUCUGCCUAAUUGGCCUGAUACGCCAAGCCCUGUGCUCUGAAGACAGCCACAAGAGAAGGAUCCUCACGCUGGGCCUGGGACUCCUCAUUAUCCCGUUCCUUCCCGCAAGUAACCUGUUCUUCCGAGUGGGCUUUGUGGUGGCCGAGAGGGUCUUGUACCUCCCCAGCGCCGGCUACUGCAUGCUGCUGACGUUUGGAUUUGCAGCACUCAGUAAACACACGAAGAAAAAGAAAUUGAUUGCUGCUCUCAUCCUGGGAAUUUUAUUCCUAAACACGCUGAGAUGUGUGGUUCGCAGCGGCGAGUGGCGGAGUGAAGACCAGCUUUUCCGAAGCGCCCUGUCUGUGUGUCCUCUCAAUGCCAAGGUUCACUACAACGUUGGCAAAAACUUGGCUGAUAAAGGCAAUCAGACCGCGGCCAUCAGAUAUUACCGGGAAGCGGUGAGAUUAAAUCCCAAGUAUGUCCAUGCCAUGAAUAAUCUGGGAAACAUCCUGAAAGAAAGGAACGAGCUUCAGGAAGCGGAGGAGCUGCUGUCGUUGGCUGUGCAGAUACAGCCAGACUUCGCUGCCGCGUGGAUGAAUUUAGGCAUCGUACAAAACAGCCUGAAGCGGUUCCAAGCCGCGGAGCAAAGUUACCGGACGGCGAUCAAGCACCGGAGGAAAUACCCGGAUUGUUACUACAACCUGGGGCGUUUGUACGCAGAUCUGAAUCGUCACGUGGAUGCCCUGAACGCAUGGAGGAACGCUACCGUGCUAAAGCCAGAGCACAGCCUGGCCUGGAACAACAUGAUCAUACUCCUCGAUAACACAGGUAAUUUAGCCCAAGCUGAAGCUGUUGGCAGAGAGGCACUGGAAUUAAUACCUAAUGAUCACUCUCUGAUGUUCUCCUUGGCAAACGUGCUGGGGAAGUCCCAGAAAUACAAGGAAUCCGAAGCUUUGUUCCUCAAAGCAAUUAAAGCUCAUCCAAAUACAGCAAGUUACCAUGGCAAUUUGGCUGUGCUCUAUCAUCGUUGGGGCCAUCUAGACCUGGCCAAAAAACACUACGAGAUCUCUCUGCGGCUUGACCCGACAGCAUCGGGAACUAAGGAAAAUUAUGGUCUUCUAAGAAGAAAGCUGGAACAAAUGCAAAAGAAAAACGUCUGAUCCCUUUUCCUUCAUUUUUUGAGUUUGUGUGUGUGUGUGUGUGCAUGAGGCAGAUUGUCCAUAUCUCGUGCUUGCGUUUAACCAUGUAAAGUCCUACGUGUUGUUUACUUCAUUGUUUUUUUUUCCUGUGAAAACAAAGACCUGCAAAAAGAUUAUAGCACCAGCAAUUUACUCUUGAAUGCUUGAUGUGGUUUUUGCAUUGAAAUUGUAUUUUUUCAGACAAUUCAAACAUAACUUCUGAAAAGCCAAGAAUAAAGUCUUUUUUAAUUAAAAAGAAAAAGAGGAAAAAAAUUAUCUUGAGUGACUUACAGCAGAAUUAAACCUGCAUUUGGAACGAGUCGUGUUGUAUAGAGACUCAUACUAUUAAACAUUGACUGUGAACAGAAAAUGACAAACGGACUCCUACAUUUAUAUAAAUAUCUAAUGUGUCUGUAUAUUAGAAUUUUUAUUUAAGGACGAGUAAAUUAAGAUUUUUGUUUUUUUUUUAAUUUUUUUUCCAAACAAUAUGCUAUGUACUUCAUUUGUAAGGAAAUAUUUAUUUGUAUUUUUAUGUUUUGAACAGGGCAAAUAAUUGAAUGAAGAGUGGAAAUUUUGACAUCUAGUAUAUUUACACUUUUUCCAUAGGAAGAAAUUCACUCCUCCACUAUUUUUUGGAUUCUUCAACUUGUGCUAUUCGUAGCAUGCAAAAUUGUGUAGUAUUCUACAUAAACUGUCACUCUUAAUAGAAAAUUCAAGCUAUGCUUUAGAUAAAAACAGACAGCCUAAUGUCUUUAUUUUUGUUAUAUCCAGUAUUAAGAGGGCUACACAUCUACGUAAGUUGUGUUUUUAUAUGUUUAUCUGGAAAGCCGUUUCCCAUUUAGCUUCAUAGAACCACAGUCAUAUCCAAAAAAUGCAAGAGGUAAACUUCCUCUCAAAAGGAACCAC